ACUGAGUACACAGUACUCUUCAAGGAUGCUAGUCUAAACAGCUAUCUCAUUUCCUUCGCUGUCCGCUCCUGUUGGACUACAACUUGACUGACUGGCCGUGCACACUGUACAAUCAUAACUCCUACAACGAAACUGCACUGCACUGCACCGGACAAGACAACGGGCCUAAAACAUGGCAGCUUUUACUCCCAACAGCUACUCGUCUGAUCCUGCUGCGGCGCUACAAAAAGCUCAACAAGCUACUUCAAUUCUCUCCAAAGCAUCCUCAGUCAGCACGAACUUUCCUGCCUCAAUAUUUAGCUCGGCCGACUCGACAGAACUAUGGAACGACCUGGAGCAACUUCUUUAUGCCUGCCUGCGGACCGGUGAUGAUGAGUCGGCAUUUUUGUGUGUAGAGAAGCUGACUGAACGAUUUGGGGCGACCAACGAGCGAGUCAUGGCACUCAAGGGUCUAUAUCAGGAAGCAGUGGCUUCAGACAUGACGGCCAUCAAGAAGAUACUGGAAGAUUACAAUAAGAUAUUGAUGGAGAAUCCAAUGAACGUGCCUGUUCUCAAGAGAAGGAUUGCCUUGAUAAGAUCGAUUGGGAGACCACAGGAAGCCAUAACAGAUCUUGUGGAGUUCGUCGACUCUUUCCCUACAGACAUGGAAGCUUGGUGUGAGCUGAGUGAUCUGUAUCAGACCCAGGGGUGCAGUUCACAAGCCAUUUUCUGUCUCGAGGAAGCAUUACUCAUCACCCCCUAUGCCUGGAACUUGCACGCACGGCUCGGGGAAUUGGAAUACAUGGCAGGAGUGUCAGCAACCGAUUCCACUGACGGCCGGGAACACCUAUCACUGGCUGUCAAACGAUUCAGUCGAAGCAUUGAGCUCUGUGACGACUACUUACGAGGGUUUUAUGGCCUCAAAUUAGUUGCGGACAAGCUCCUGCAGACCAAUGCCACGAGCAGGGCUCAAGGCAACCCUGACCUGACACCGGACAAACUGCAAAGGCUGAGUCAAUUGGCCACUUCCAAACUGGAAGCCAUUGUAAGAGACCGCACUACGCGCCGAUCACCGGGGGUGAAUGAGUCGGAACUGGCCGCGGCCAAAGAUCUGUUGAGCAGAUCCAAGAGUCGAAGUCUGGGCUGAGCGAGAAAACCAGAGACGGUAAUGACAGAUUGAUGCUGACCUUUCGCGUUCUCUUCGAAUGGACAAUCAGCAAAUACGCCACUUGCGUCGCGAUAUCACCAUCAACAUCUCAGAAUCACGACGAUGGCCAGAGAAGGAAUCUGCGCGAGGCCGAGGUGCUUCACGGGAGAAACCAUGGUUCGUGGGAAAUAUGGCAUGCUGCGGGCCACUACACUAGCGUCAUGCAAGGAGAAAUCAGUUGGGCAGCACUUGGUUCCCUCCGACGUGGCAGCAUUUCUGAGGAUGCCUCAAUUGCCGCGCAACCCAACCUGCAGCAAAUGGUAGCGGCAGCCCCUCUGCCUAUAUGGGUCUGCUUUGCCACGCUUUUUAUUUUAGGUACCGAGAGCCUCACCUUCGCACGCGGUACGAGGGACGAACUGGCCCGGACUUGCAGCCUGGGCAUCUUCUGCAGCACAAGUUUGAGGACUCGUUAAAUUAUCUCACCAUCAUUGUCGAUGGCGGCAUGGUAGUGGCCGUGAGUCAUGGGAGGGACCGAUGGGGUGGGAAUUCAAGAUAAUAUAACGGGUGUUGCCAGCAUGUCCGAGAUAUAGAUUGACACAUAGCACAAUCGAUCCAAAGUCCCGACCAAAGUCGCUUCUAUUGCGGCCAAGUCCAAUGUAGACACUCUUCUUGCGUGCAUGAAGCAUUACCUGCGGAGCACUUUUGGCUUGCCUCUG